CGCGAGGCGCCUUCGUCGCGGUUUUCGGCCCCGAUGGCGGCCCAGGUCGUUCACACGCGGUAUCCCGGAGAGGCGGCACCCUCGGCCUCGGCGGCCGCUACUCUGGAGACGACGAGGCCCGGAAUUUCAGAUAUGCUUACAUUAGAGAAUGACUUCUUCAAUUCUCCCCCAAGAAAAACUGUUCGGUUUGGCAGUACUGUGCCAGAAGUCUUGCUGAAAUACAAAAAGGGUGAGACGAAUGACUUUGAAUUGUUGAAGAACCAACUCUCAGACCCAGACAUAAAGGAUGAACAGAUCAUCAGCUGGCUGCUGGAGCUCCGCUCUUCCAUCAUGUACCUGACCAAAGACUUCGAACACCUGAUUAGUAUUGUGUUGAAAUUGCCUUGGUUGAAUAGAAGUCAGGCAGUGGUGGAGGAGUACUUGGCUUUUCUCGGGAAUCUUGUGUCUGCCCAGACCGUCUUCCUCAGGCCCUGUCUUGGCAUGCUGGCUUCCCACUUUGUACCUCCGCGAGUGAUCGUUAAGGAAGGUGACCUAGAUGUUUCGGAUUCCGAUGAUGAAGAUGAUAAUCUUCCUGCGAUUUUUGACACAUGUCACCGAGCCCUGCAAAUAAUAGCAAGAUAUGUCCCAUCGACACCAUGGUUUCUUAUGCCAAUACUUGUGGAAAAGUUUCCAUUUGUUAGAAAAUCUGAGAGAAUACUGGAAUGUUACGUCCAUAAUUUACUAAGGAUCAGUGUGUAUUUUCCUACCCUGAGGCAUGACAUUCUGGAACUUGUUAUUGAGAAGCUCCUCAAGUUGGAUGUCAGUGUGUCCUGGCAGGACAUCGAGGAUGCUGAAGAGGCUGCGGCCCACGCUCGGGUUGGGACGGACGUGGCCGAAGGACUGUUCAACAUGGAUGAAGAUGAAGAAACAGAGCAUCAAGCAAAGGCUGACCCAGAGCUGCGAGUUCAGAUGGCCCAUCCUGUAGCUGAGCGCCUGGACAUCCUGCUGGCUUUGCUUUUGUCCUACAUCAAGGAUGUCUGCUAUGUGGAUGGUAAGGUUGAUAACAACAAAACCAAGGAAUUGUAUCGUGAUCUUAUCUCCAUCUUUGACAAGCUGCUGUUGCCCACCCAUGCCUCCUGCCAUGUCCAGUUUUUCAUGUUUUACCUCUGCAGCUUCAAAUUGGGAUUUGCAGAGGCAUUUUUGGAACAUCUCUGGAAAAAAUUACAGGAUCCAAAUAAUCCUGCUAUCAUCCGGCAAGCUGCUGGGAAUUACAUCGGGAGCUUUCUGGCAAGAGCGAGAUUUGUUCCUCUUAUCACCGUGAAGUCAUGCCUGGAUCUUCUGGUUAACUGGCUGCACACGUACCUUAAUAACCAAGAUUCGGGAACAAAGGCUUUUUGUGACGUCUCUCUCCACGGUCCAUUUUACUCAGCCUGCCAAGCUGUGUUCUACAUGUUUGUUUUUCGACACCAGCAGCUUUUAAGUGGAAACCUGAAGGAAGGUUUGAGGUAUCUUCAGGGCCUGAAUUUUGAGCGGCUGGUGAUGAGCCAGUUGAACCCUCUGAAGAUCUGCCUGCCGUCUGUGGUGAACUUUUUUGCUGCUAUCACGAAUAAAUACCAGCUGGCCUUCUGCUACACCAUCAUUGAGAGGAACAGCCGCCAGAUGCUGCCGGUUAUCCGAAGUUCCGCCGGAGGGGACUCCGUGCAGACCUGCACCAACCCACUCGACACCUUCUUCCCCUUCGACCCCUGCAUGCUUAAGAGGUCGAAGAAGUUCAUUGACCCCCUGUACCAGCAGUGGGAAGACAUGAGCGCUGAGGAGCUGCAGGAGUUUAAGAAACCCGUGGCAAAGAUGGCAGUGGAAGAUGAGGAUGACGAUUUUCUGAAAGGCGAAGCGGCACAGAGUGAAGCCACCAUCGGGCUCACGCCGAGCUCCUUCGAUGCCCACUUCCGCAGCCCUUCCAGCAGCGUGGGGUCGCCCCCCUUGCUGUAUGCGCCAGGCCAGUCCCCAGUGGUCUCGAGGAUCUGUGACUGAGGCUCGCUGUCCUUCGAGGGAGGCUGUCCGGCUCCUUUACUAGAGCCAGCGCAUGCCACGGGCGUUGCAGGUCCACGAGUGUGUGGAGUGUUGUCUCUUCCUUUGGUUCUCUUCAGAUGAGAGGCAAAGACUUGAGUGUCCAGCGUGUGACCCGGGACAGGGGGUUCAGUGGGAAGUGCGUGUUGGUCUUUAAUGUGUACGUGGCUUGUUAUGUGAUUAGUAUCGUGGGCCCCGGGAGUUUCAGCGGGUGACUGUUUCCACAUGGGUUCCUGUCGGAAGCCCCAGGCUCCGCUGGCCUGACCGGUGACAAGGCCUUUAGGUCGAGCCCUCCCUGGGAGGACUUGGGAGAUCUGUUCCUUUGCUCCCCGCUGUUUUGUGUGCUGGGAAGCUCACAGUAUGAGCUGGCAUGGAAGGAAGUCUGAGACUGCAGAGGCCGGAGGAGCAGCAGGGAAGGGGAGAGGACUGCAGUCCCGGCAGUAGAUGCUGUGCAGUACAGGAAUGGGCUCCUGCUGACCGGAAGUGGCCUGCCAGUCAGGAGCCGCUUCCUGCCCGUUACACUGGGUUCUUUUGGCCUGGCAUCAGUUGGUUAUUUUGAGAAUUUUCUUUGUCCAAACAGGAAAACAAUCUUCUCGAUUGUUUGGUGGCCAGUGUUGCUCGUUUGUCCUCAGUGUGGGUGUGACGUUCGGCUGUUGCUUAUAAAGCCCAGGCUUGUUUACUUGUUUAUGUAUUUGUGAAAAUGGCCACUUUUAUGCCUAUUUAUUUUUCUCUACUUGUAUUUAUUUAAAAUGGAGCAAUAUUUUCUUGAUCCACAGAUAUUUUGUAAUGAACCACUUGCUCUUCUCCAGGGCUAUGCUUGCUCUUCUGUCAUUACGUUGACUGCAAUGUGGGAUUUCAAUUCCAGUCUGUAAAUAACCUUUUUGAAAAAAAGAAAUUUGUAUUAAAAAGUCUUUUGGGUAGUGGUGAUUAUCUUUGGUGGCUUGUGGAAAGUCACUUGAGAGCCUUAGGUUCUCUUUUUAACUGCUGACAAAAAGAUAGCCUUUGUGUACAGGAUAAAACACAACGCAGAAGGAGGGGAUGGGUCUUCAGACUUAGGAAGUAGUUAAUAGUGUACAAGGUUAGGUUUACAAAUAAGUGUUCAACUUCAAAGGGGGUUGACUACAGUAGCUAUUGUGAAAAUAAUGCAAUAUUUAAUCUGAAAUUUUCAUUCAUAUGCCAAUAAAUGGGGUUGUCUUAAUAAAGAUGUUUCACAUAAA